AUGACGCUUUUUCUCCCGCUGGAAGCGUCGGCGCCGUUCCCGCAAUUUCCCGCCUUCCUCGUCCCCUCGCCCGCGCCCAAUGUGCACGUCAAGAAGGUCGUCAAGGCGCUCCUCAAGGCCCGCAGGAUCGCAGUCGUGUGUGGCGCAGGGAUCUCGGUCCAAGCGGGCAUUCCUGACUUUCGGUCGUCCGAGGGUUUAUUUCAGACCCUUAAAAAGGACAAUCCUACGCUGACCUCAGGGAGAGACUUGUUCGACGCUUCGGUUUUUAAUUCAGAAGUCACGACGUCUCUCUUCUGCCAAAUGAUCGCACAGCUUUCCGAGCUGUCGCAAGCAGCGACACCAACCAUAUUUCACAACCUCCUCCGCACGCUGGACGAUCGCGGACGGCUCCUCCGUGUGUAUACGCAAAACAUCGACGCUCUCGAGUCGAAGUCUGGGCUGACAUUCGGUGUACCGGAUUCAGAGGGGAAACGAUCUAGAUUGCGUUCUGCCAAGGGGAAGGCAGAACCUUCACAUACAGAGGACGCAGCCCCCGCACCCAUCGUUGAUUCGCCACCGAUAUCCGGACGACUGCCCUCACCCCCAUGCGAGACUCCCCGCUGUAUCCCUCUGCAUGGCACUCUGCAGCUGAUGCACUGCCAGAUCUGCACGCACUCCUUUCCGCUACGGAACCACCUUGCCGACCUGAGCUCUGGUCAUCCUCCGUUCUGCCCCGAGUGCACUGCGCUUGAGGCUACGCGGCAGCUUGUAGGGAAGCGCUCGCGCGGCGUGGGCAAACUCCGUCCGAGCGUCGUGCUGUACAAUGAGAUGCACAAGGAUGGUGAGGAGGUCGGCGACGUUGUGCGUCGCGAUCUGAUCGGAAGCUCGAAGGGAAAAGGUCGCGCUGGUGCGGAUCUGCUGCUCGUCGUCGGCACGAGCCUGCGCGUGCCGGGGACGAAGCGGAUCGUGAGGGAGUUUUCGAAAGCGGUGCAUUCGCGCGGGUGCUGUUCUAAUGCGGGGAACGAUCCGUCGACUUUGACCGCCCAUACGAGUGCGAGUGCUUCGUCGAGUACGAUGGGCCUUGUGACUCCAACGCCAUCGCCACGUCGUUCACCUGCAGACGACGACGAACCGCCGGUAAGGACCGUGUACCUCAACCUCGACUUCCCUGUGCCGACGCGGGAGUGGGAGGGCGUAUUCGACGUAUGGAUACGCGGAGAUGCGCAGGCAUUUGCGCAGUUGGUGUAUGAGGAGAUCGAGCAGGAGAAGCGUGCGAAGGAGGCUGCAGUCGAGCGGAAACGCAGACGCGAGGAGAUCGCGGAGGAGCGGGAAAGGAAGAAGCAGCGUAACGGGGAGCUCGAGCAUGCGGGGAAGACCAACAGCGGGAAGAAACGCAAGGGCGCGCCUGGCUCGGCUUCGCGUCCUUCGUCCACGAAGAAGUCCAAAAAUGCACCUGUGACGCCUAUUUCGCCGUCGAAAAUCGGCCGUCCGGGGAAGAUUUUGGCUACAUCAAACCUGAAAACGAAGCCUAAGAUGAAGGCGAAGACAAAAGGCCGGGCGGACAAUGUUCUCCCGACUUUCACCCACGACAAGGAGCACACCAACUCCAACGUCAGACUCACGAUCAGGAUACCCCCGCGCGUUGCUCCCGCAGCGCCACUUACACCCCCACCGUCGAAACGCGCGCGUCUCAUUCCAGAGGUGGUGAUAACCACUCCCCCACGGCUCAUAAAGACCCCUCGUACUCCGCCAACACCAUCUCAUCCAGAUUCUCCACUUACUCCAGAGCCCUCGCCUCCACCGCGGCUCAGGCAGACACCGAGGACGAGCAGGCGAGACCCCAGCCCCAGGAAGAAAGUCGAGGCUGCUCUUGCCACCUGCCCCGUUGGCUGGAAUAGUGGAGACGAGUUGAGUGACCUCACUGAUGAGGACGAUGAAGGAGACUCCUCUCUUCCAGAGUCGUUCGUGCGGACAGUCCAGUAUGGUCUGCGCAGUGCACCUGGUUAA